ACAAUAAACGUCCACCAAUUGCGUCUGCUUGAGAAUUGCCGACUUGAAUUGGACGUGCCGGCUGCGUGAUAAUUUGAAAAGAUUGAAAUUGUUUCUUGCUCUGCCUGUUUACUCCGUUGUUUGUCUUAAUGGCUCAACGAGCAUUACCUCAAAGCAAGGAAGCUCUACUAAAAUCCUACAACAAAAGGUUGAAAGAUGAUGUAAAAUCAUUGUUGGACAAUUUCAGCGAAAUAAUCAAACUCGCUCGCGUGGAAGAGGAAACUCAGGUUUCCAGAAUGACACAGUGUGAAGAAGACCAUUUUGAAAUGCUUGUACGUGCUUCAAACAUAGUAAGAGCUGGAGAGUCUUUGAUGAAGCUAGUGACUGAUCUAAAACAAUAUUUGAUUCUGAAUGAUUUUCCCUCAGCCAAUGAAGCCAUUGGACAGAGUGCCCGUUCCAUGCUGGCCAUGCAACAGGAGUCUGACAGAAAACUUAUGGCACUACGAGAUGACCUAGCAGCUGACUUGUAUGAUUUGGAAGAAGAGUAUUAUUCAUCCCCUUUCAAAUAGCUCAUUGUGAGAAAUGUAUUGAUUUAUUUUUGUCAAAUGUCAAACAUUGGAAGAGGUUUGGAAUCCAUCAGAAAGAGAAACUGUCCUUCAUUCUGUUAAUUGUGUCAUUACAAAUUUAUUUUCAAGACC